AUGAACAGCGCACGAGCCCUUCUCUUUGUUCUCCUUUCUGUCUUCUUCUUUGCUUGCGUGAGCGGAGUGGAUUAUGGAGCUGAGGACACCACCAUCAACCUUCAGGAACUGGUCAAGAUUCGAUGCUCCCUCCACCAAUCUGAUGAGACCGUGUUCUUCUUCAAUGGUACCGUGACCGCCUUCCCGACCCAACAGCCGAACGUCGUACUCUUCAAGACGAUCGGACUCAACAUCGCCCGAUGCUUCAAGCGCUCCGAUGGCUCCUACACCCUCGCCGGCCGAGAGCUUCUCUACUAUGUCGACCCUGUUACUGAUCAGAUCGUCAACAGGUGGACCAACCCGUGGACCAACGAGACUGUGCCCGUCGUUCACGUCGCCAACGACCCUGUCAUCCAGAAUUUUGCUCUCGGAUCAACCUAUCCCGCUUUGAAACUCGACACCAACACGUUGUUGCCUCUUGACGUCCCUCUCUACUACCCGAACGCGCUCUCUUUCGACCCCAGAAUGGCUCCCUACUCUCCUCAGCCCUUCUAUCAGGCCGGCGAGUGGUUCAAGUUCAUCUCCCGCACUGGCGAGGUCCGUUUCCCGCUCACCAAGACUGUCACCUCCACCCUCGUCUCCUGGACUCGUAACGGCCCUUGGUUGCCUUGGAUGAAGCAGGGAAAUGCUCCUGGAUACCUCAUCUACUCAUCCCACGGAAACAAGGUCGACAGCUGGAGGGACUUCCCCGCGUCCGUUCAUCUCGCUCGCAUUCCUCACUACAAGUCAGCCCCCGAUUGCGUUCCCGCCGUUCGUCAAGUCACCAGCUGGUCGUAUUUCCAGGCCAACUUCGCCGCCUACCUUAGUGGAGACCUUUUCCCCCUCGCUGCUCCGGCCGUCUACAACUGCACAGCCCUGUAA